GUCAUCGACAACCGCUAAAGUAAGCACAGCUAGUCAACCUACCUACACUGAAAGUUCCAAUGAGGAAUCCUCGACCCAGAGUACUCAGAGCACAAAAGACCUCAGCACGACUUCCAGCACUUUAAUGUUUGACAGCACAACAACAGUGUCAGCUAUGGUACUUGAGGAAAGUGCGUCUUCCACGGAAUCAUCCACUGAAACUCCAGCUGCCAGUAGCCCUACCGAGUCCACAACGCCCACCAACUCCAGCAACGCAAGUACAUCGCACUUGGCAUCCACCCCAAUUAGUUCCAUAACUGGGUUUAGUUCCACAACAGCGUCUAGUUCAUGGCCGACAACUGCGCCCACUACAACUGCCUCAACUACUUCUACAACAGUUUCCUUAGCAAGUUCCCCACACACUUUAAGUUCGACUACCAGUACACCAUACUCCUACACAGCAAGCCCAUCGGCAACGCCUUCAACACCUACAACCAGCUCACCCUAUUCCAGCACCGUUUCCACGCAACCUGCUACAACUUUUGUUUAUUGGUAUACCUUCUCCACAUCUGCACCCUCGCCACCCAUACCGCAGCCAACUGUCUACCAACCCAGCGUGCGUACAUUCUUUACACGCCCCGAAGUGCGCUACAUUGGCGCUACAGUCUUCGUGGCUUUUCUUGCCAUUUGUGCGCUGGCGGUGUGGAAAUUUUGUAUGCCUACGCGCAGCGUUAGACUAAAGAAUCGAUAUAGGACAGUACCCAGCUCCGAGGCGACCAGCUUGAGUCAUAGUCCAACCACGUCACACUCUUCUAUGGCAUAGAUGAGAAGGUUAUGUAAGCUGCAAGAUUCGUUAGUAGGUGAGAGCUGAAGCGAGAUUAAUUGGAGGGUGAUGCUCAUGCAGUUGAGUAGUGUGCACUGGCUCUUAUUAUGUGUAUAUUUAAAGGUUUUUAGUCAAGUUUAACUAAUAAAGUUUGUUGCUAGUGACAUUUUCAUGAGGAAGGGGAGGGAAAAGAGGGAUUUCUUUUAUGAAAAAAAAAUACAAAUUUAUAAAGUAUGACUUUCUAUAUUAGACUCAGCAGAGUUUGUGGUAAGUUUCGCAAAGCAGUUUUUUAACACUGA